CCGCUUGGUAGUCGGUCCUCAGUCCUUCCCCGGUCGCUCAGCUGUGCAUCACAUGUCGGGUGCCGCGAGUCUCUGUCACGUUCCAACUACCGCGCCGCUACGUACAGCUCUCGGGAGUUCCGGUCAGCAGGCCGCAGUCUACCAUCUCGCGUUUCCGCCUGUCGUCCGCGUGCAUCUAUAAUUCUAUAUUAUGCUAUCAGCCGCGUGCACGUCGACGCAUCACCACGAAUCGAUCACGAAGUGCCUCGAAUAUGCGGACGGCGUGACAAACCCGGGCGACAGCGCACGCCGCUUUGUUGAUACGCUGAGUUCUGUGUUCAGGCCGCGGAGGCCGCCGCGUCCAUCCAGCGUCUAAGAAGCGGUUCGGCUCGUACGACGACCGCCGUGAAUCAUAAGCUGCCCACCGGCCGUCUACGCCGGGCGGCGGGUAUACACAGACACGUCGUCGUGACACCAUCGCGCUAGUGAAAAAAUCUACGAGAGUAUGAUGACCUAAGGCGAACAAAAAACAGAGCAGGUAGCGGUAGAAGCGUUUUUCCAAGAGUUUUGCACGCUCGUAGCGUGAAUCCGAAGGGGCAGUGCCGUUUUCUCUCGACAGUGCGUGCCAAGUGAGUGAAGAGUACCAACUAGUUUUCGUAAGUGCGCCCAUGUGUGCUUUAUCGCGCUUCGAGUUUUCAACUUUUGUGACGUGUGCCGUGUCGACGCACACACCGUGGCGUGGUGCGACUCUGUAGAUCUCGUGCAUCGUUCGCGCGUUACGGAUCGUCCCUUCCAUUCUCCGUUUUUCUCUUCCGUGUCGCAAGCCGUGUCAGUGUCUGCAGACUACAAGCGCGUCGGUUAUUUCGAACAUUGUCGAACGAACGAACGUACGUACGUACGUACGAACGAACAAGUGUGCCCCACGCGUCGCGGGUGGACGAAAAGACGUGAAUGAACGGAAUAGUGCAUCGUGUGAGUGGUUCGCGUCGUGUCGCGCGUCCUAGUGCCUCGCAGCACGACGACGCCGGCUUCGCGCGUCGCGAGAGCAACAUCGUCGGCGAGAGCGUGCGAGUGAUCGUUGGGUCAGCGGCGCAGAGGAAGACAGCAGCAACGAUAGGAUCAGCUAGCGAUCCGCGCUGCGCAUCGCCGAGCGAGUUAUCGUCGCCUCCCCGGCGGAAGCUGCGAAUAAUGUCGACGGGCAAGAGGCUGGCUAAGCGCAGCAUCAUCGGCACCAGGGUGUGCGCGCCCGGCGAAGACGGCAAGUACUACUGCGGCGUUAUUUGCGCCGUCAAGGCGCCGCAGCCGGUCGCCGGUGAAUCGGGUCAGAGCGUCACGUCGAAGACGCUCUACUCCGUGCGCUUCGACUCCGUGCCGGGCGGGCAUCCGCCGUCCGCCGAGUUCUUGGAUCGCGACCUCAUCGGCCCGGGCUUCGGCACCGUCACCAGCACGCGACUGGUGCCCGGUCAGAAGGUCUACCUCACGUACAACGGCAGGGAGAUACACGCGGAGGUCACGCAACAUCGCCAACAGCUCGACGAGGUGGACGUGGUCAUUGCCCCGAACGGACAGGAGGGUACAAUGAGCCUAACCAAACGCAUAGAGGAGAUCAGGUUGCUCGAAUCACGUAAGAGUGCCCGAUUGGCCGAUCAGGACACUGAUUUUGCCAGACUCGCCGAUAUGGCUGGCGACCGUAAACGGGCAUCCUCCCACUCUAUCGACGUGCCACAUGUGAUGGGAUCCAGGAAACGACGGCCGAGCACGUACAAUGAUUCCGAGCGGACAAGCAGUGGUUGGAGCGAGAGAGUUAUAUACAGACGCUUUCGCGACACUGAUUUCAUGGACGACUGCACUGCCGCCCUGGUCCUUAUGUCGCUCUCGGGCUCGCCUCAGAGUCCUGAAAACCUGCCACCUCACUGCCACCAAUUGUAUGACUACGGUUCAUGGGGAAGCAGCAUGGUCGCCGGUUCGCCGGGGGUCGGCGGCAUGUCAAACAGCAGCAGCAGCAGCGGUGCUUCCUGGCGAAGUGGCACCCCCAGCCCGCCCCUCUUCGAGGAGGGUGUACCGUCGAGGAAUUCCCCGUGCCCGGCGACAGCGCACCCGUCGCACAAUCAAGCGCACUACGCGUACAACGCGUCCGGCACACCGGGCAGCACCCCCGGCGGCACUCCGAUCAUAACGCUGGACGAGGGAAUAGUCCCCGAUUAUAUGGAGGAGCAGCACCCACGUAAGAAGAUCCGAGCGAAAGUCAGGCAGCAGGACCCGAUCGAGAACGGGCCGAGCGGCGCCUGGGACAGCGAGCAGGCGAACCCGGCAGUGGUCUACAAGUGCACUUGGCCGGGCUGUCUGGAAAUCAAAGCGACCGUCCCGCUUAUCGAGGAACAUGUGCGCCAGUCACAUCUGGGCCCGAAAAAGUUCGAGGGGCCGGACAGUGAGAAGGAUUAUAUGCGCGUUCCCGAGGAGGAAUUCUAUUACCAAGAGGUCGGCGUGGAUCACAUGAGCUCACCACCCACAAUGUCUCACCGGGACAUGGCAAGACCGCCGCACGAGGAUCCAGAAUAUCAAAAGCAGCUUCGUCUUGAAGCGACUCCUGCCACAAAUAACAGCAUCGACAACGUGAUGGUCGGUGCCAGAGAGCCGAAUAACGCGAUCUCGCAGUCGCCGGGUACGCCUGUCAAGCACAUCAAACUGUCCCCACGGCCAUUGCAGGCGUGUCAUCAACAGAACAUGACAGGGUCCACGGGCAAGAUGCCGUCCUCACCGCGGCGAACUCGCAACGACGUGAAGAAGUGCCGCAAGGUCUACGGAAUGAAUUCGCGUGACCUCUGGUGUACCCAGUGCAGGUGGAAGAAAGCCUGCACCCGUUUCUGCAGCGAAUAGGCCAAACGUCCGCCUCGCUCGUACGUCCGUAGGAGGCGGAUACCCUCGCUACGCCGACCCGAGAGUUCGUCAGUGCUACGUUGAUAUGUUACACCAACUGCCAAAUGCCAAUCGUCGCACCGGUGCACAACAACGGCGCCAACAGCAAAGGCGUGAAGCGCGCACGAGGCGCGAAACCGCUGGUCGUAGCGCGACAGGACUGUCCUAUACAUUGUCCAUCAUCUCUCUUUCUCUAUCUCUCUCUCGUAACUCGUCAUAGGCGAACGAGCGAGCGAGCGAGCGAGCGAGCGAGCGUGCAAGCUUACAAGCACCUCAUCCUCCUCUUUUCCGUUUCUCGUCGUCGUACACAGCGCGGUUAUCUAAGCAGCUGACGGUAGACACAAACGUCCUGGAAAGAUACUCGCUCCAUCCGAUGUUAAUAUCGCGGACGAUUCUCUAAGAGACCGCCGAUACGCUUGUGCAUUGAUGCAAACACAAGCUGCCCAGUCUAGAGAUAGAGGAAGACGGACCGAUAAUGGAGGAGGUUUGAACGACGGGAGGAGGGUCCAUCCGAACGUACGACUUCCGCCCGUUCGUGUGGUGCCUGGCGAACUCCGACCGGGUUCCUUUUAGCCGUAACGAGGGAUCCUUCGAUUAGUAGAUAGCGAAUAAUUGACGCGCGCGCGUGCUCGCGCACGGAGCGAGGCGACACGUUAGACCGCGUCACGACGUUAUUCUGUCAAGCAUUCACGGUAGAAUGCGAGAUACUAACGGCAGCCUCGCUCGUGACUCACCCGACAAGAAGAGAACCUUCUGGUUCGGUACGUACUAGAUACGCACUCGCGCAGAAGCGAGUAUACAUGUCCUACGAAGUGCUGGUUCCCGAACCGUCUCUUAGGUCACUGCAACAGGUCUUCCUUCUUCCGGCAAGAGCGCGCGAGCCUGACGCGCUCUCGGUUACGAUUAAACCGAUGGCGCUAUUGACGCCGAGCCCUCGGGGACGCCGUCCGAGCCCUGAGGAACGUGCGAUCGAGUCUGAACGGGCGAAAGGAAGACCGGCGAAUCGAGUUCGGUUUGACCGAUGUUCAAGCUGAUGAGACAUAAACGCAGGCAGAUAGGCAAGUGCAAAAUCGCGUGAAACAGAGCUGUUAAUUGUGAUAUCUAAAUUUAUUGGGACCCCCUCGCGGGGUCGGAUAAGGAUAGGGACAUGGAUAGAGGUGAGACAUGAACAGAAACUGGAGCAAGAAGAAAAAAAAAGGAAAAAUAGACAAAGAGUGUGAUAAAAGAGAGAGAAAAAGGGGAAAGAAGGAAGAAGAGAAACCAAAAUUUUAUACACCAAUUAUACUGCCAGAUAAAAGUAAUCGAAGAAAAAAACAUUGUUGUUCGAGCCUCUCUCGCGCGUAAAUGAGGCAUUAUGUUGCACCAUGCGUCGCCGUAUACCGAGCUUAGCCUUGUUAGCCUUCCGACGACCUAAGAUCGUGUUCGCCAACAAAGGAGCUGCACGCGUACAUGGGAUAGGCUACGCAGUUGAAUCGAUCGAUUUACUAAGAGAUCCAGCGAAGGUCUCGCUCUAGAUCAUGCAUAUAUACAUACAUAUAUACAUACACACACGGACAUGGGGAACGAUAUGAAACAUCACGUUUGUAUAACCAUACGUUACUCUCUUAUACUCCUUCUCUCGCUUUGGAUCGUUCGCGAGACGCGGUUUAUUCACUCGAGCCGUUUAUUUCGAAAUACGUUUGAUCUCGAUUAUAUAUUUUUAUGACGUAGCGAUAACGGCACGAACACUUGCAAAUUUUAUAUGUUGACGGAUUUGCGACGAGACAGUCUUUUUUUUACAAGUAAGCCACGACGCGCGACUUGCAACUUAAGAUUUUAAUGUAAUAAAACGACAAAAGUGUUUCUUACUUGAGAGGAAGAAAAUCGGCGGGACGUCGUCGCGAUCUACGCUAGACACUGACUAGAUUUGAGCGCGGCAACUCGUCAAUUGAAAGUUUCUUCCAGUUUUCCGAUUAACGUUCAUGCUUUAGUAUAAUUUAGCAUAAUUAGCGUAAUUGUAUUGCAUAAUUAUACUAUGAUGAUGAUUAUAGUAUAAUUAUAGUAUAAUUAUACUAUAUGUAUAUAUAUAUAUAUAUAUAUACAUAUAUACAAGGUAUAAUUUAACACUAAAAUAAUUUACUAUAUUUAGUAAAAUUAUCUUGUAUAUAUUAUGUAUACUACAUAUAUAUUAUCGUACACAGAUUACUUAUAUCUUGUAUAGUACGUAUCGCGUUCGUUUUAUAUAAUUAUCGAACUUAACAUGCUAAGAUAUUUAGCAUACCGCUGUUGUUUAUUGAUAAUAAUGUUACGGGACUUAGACUUUGAUUAGUGUAACGACAUGUGUCAAUUGUAUCGAGGAAAGAGACGCGCUACUCAAAUUGAUGAUUCGUGAUGACUCGCAGACUCAUCGAGUGACCGACAAUUCUCGCGAAGCCAUCAAUUUUAUCAUCCUCACUUGUGUUCAAAAUCACCGGUAUCAUGUUUGUCAGUAUUCCCCCCUCCCCCCCAAAUCUUUUCGUCGAUACGGCUAUACGUAUGUACAUGCGAACUUUUUUAAAUCGCGCGACCCUUUUAAAAAUUGUCAGUCCCAGCGACUGAUAUUUGACGUAAUGUUGUCGUCGCACGGACAGAAGAAAAUUCGUUACCUUUCUUCCUUCCCCGUGUGAACUUGAUGCCGCAUAUAUCGAGAUGUUCCACGUGUCUGGAUUAUAUUCGUCGAAUUGUACAUUUAAAAAGGUUAUCACGUUCCAGGGCUCAUACGAAACACACACACACACACAAAACACACAGCACACACAUACAUACCGAUCGGCAUGCAUUGAUCAAUUUUUACACGGAUAACGUGAUAUUAGCGCGAACGAGAUUCGCACGUUAUCCGAAGUAACUGGAGGCCCCGCGGAAUGCGCGAACGUGCGAGUGUAGGUAGCAUAGAAAGUAAUUGCCGUCCAUGUGUAGGUUCCUCCCCUCGAUCAAAAUUCUCACGCUCGACUGUGUGCAGAUAUACAGCGCUUUUACCGGGGACAAUGUCCGAACGGGAAUUAUCGCAAAAUUUCUGGGACACUUGGCUGUCAACGUAACUUCUUCACUCAUGAUCAGAUCGAGCGUCGGCGUUCCGAAAAUGAGAAGUGCGGCGAUAACAUUGAAGCUUACACAAAAACAGUCGAGGUGAAAUUAUUUCCAAAAUCUCACAUACAACCCCUCGUCUCGCGGGGAACAUUUUUUAUCGUUUUUUUAUCGGGGGAUUUUUAAGGUUCUAUAUACAAAACUUACCUGAAGUCGCAGAGACGAUCUUUUGAGAUGCCGAUUUAAUCCGCUUGUUUUCAACUCUCUCUCUCCUUUCUCUCUCUCUCUCUCUCUCUCUCUCUCUCUCUCUCUCUCUCUCCCCUCUCCCCCCCCGGCGGUUCUCGCGGUUUACUCGUGCAUUCGCGUCCAUAUCGGCCCUUCUUCGUCCGACUUACGCCCAAAACUUCCGCACCUGUCAGCGCGCCGUGGUUGCAUCGAGAGCUCGCGCGUAUCCGCACACGUAUUUGUCGCGAUAAGUUCCCCAUGAUCCCCAUGAGACUCCCUCGUAGUAAUUUCUCGUCGAUAUCCCAGUCGCAUGCACGCAACCACUCGAGCAACGACAGCGGCCGUAUUCUAGACGCGCAUUCGAGCAUUAGUACGUCUUUCUGAUUCUCAAGCUUGUACGAGACGCUCGUAUAAGAAAAGUGCAACUCUUAGAUAAGAAGGGCGUACUCUCUCGGCGUUGGAAUGCACGUCCAGAGUGCGGCCCCAGAUCGCACGCGCUUAGCAGGACAGGUCUCUCUCGACGAGCGUCGCGUUCAUCCUGGCGCACAUUUGGAUUAACGCGCGCGAUGGCAUUUUGCGAAAACGACUAGGAAAACGCGGCGAGUACAAGUUUGAUCAGCUGUGCCAUUACGUAUGCCAAAUAUCCCCGAGUCGCUCCCUCGCCUCGUCGCGAGAGAGUAACGUGGCGAGAGGAGACGGACUCUCAAUCUCCGUUAAAAAAAAAAAGAGAGGAAGAAAC